AUCCGGUUGAUAUUUGCUUUGUUUUCAAAUUUUCAAACUCGAACCAUGCGACAGUUAUUCUGCGUAUUUUGUUUGCUAGUUGUUGGAUUUGUAGCUGCUAUGAGACUACAAAGGCUUGGCCAUAUUUGUGAGGCGAAUGCUUUUGACAUUGAGGUUAUCUUGGGAGAAAAAGAGCCUGAAUAUAAAUGCUGUCCCGGGUACCAAGGAACUAUAGAGAAUUGUCAGCCAAUAUGCAGCACACCUUGCGGAGAAAAUAGCUUUUGCGCUUCACCGGAGACUUGUGAAUGUUUAGCGGGCUAUAUAAUGGGCGAGAAGGAUUCCUGUGUUCCCAAAAAAGAUCCCAAUCUAUGCACUAAAAUGGUGCAGGUGGAAGUGGAAGACUACUCUGAAUGGGAACAGCUUGAGCAGGCAUUUAAAGAGCUCAAUCUGAAACUGCCCACACCAUAUCCGUCAACGUACAAAACGGAAAUUCGUCAUGUUUGUUGCGACGGCUACGGCAGGCAAACCGAAGCUGAUCUGUGCCAGCCUCUGUGUUUGGAGACCUGCGAUAAAUACAGCUUCUGCUCAAAGCCAAAUGUCUGUGAAUGCAUAAUGGGAUACGAAAAAGUGAAUGGAUCCUGUCAGCGACUCUGUGAUAUGACAUGCAGUGCAAACAGUUACUGUCGUGAUGGGAAAUUGUGUGAGUGCAUAGAAGGAUAUGAAAUGCUUAAUGGUGAUUGUGUCUCUAAAGCUGAACAGUCUGAGGACCCGAAUCUAUGUACAAAAGAGGUUCAAGCUGAAAUAGAUUUAUUUCGACCACCAAGGAAAGAAAUUCAGAAGGUUUGCUGCGAUGGGUACGAGAAGAAAACCAGUGAUUCCCUUUGCCGACCCGUGUGCUCCAUCGAUUGUGGUGCUCACAGUUUCUGCGCCGAGCCAGGUUUAUGUGAAUGUCAGAUAGACUACCAUGUAGCACUGAGUGGGCUGUGUGUCAAAGACACAGCAGAGUUUUUAGCAAAUGAUCCCCAUCUGUGCAACAUAAGAAGGACAGUGAGCUACGUCGAUGUGAACAACUUACUUAAGCUAUUGACUUCUCCUAGCAAUCCGGAAAAUAUGAUCAGUAACAAAGUUGAAAUACAACAUUUCUGCUGUCCUGGAUAUGAGCAGAAGACAAAAGGCACUCUUUGUCAGCCAAAGUGCACUAAAGGAUGCGGUGAUCGUUGCCGUUGUGUCGGCCCUGAGAGUUGCCAAUGUGAUUCGGACGUUAGUCCUAAUCAGGACAUGUGCCAGUGUGUGGCUGGUUAUACCAAAAGCCAGUUUGGAUUCUGUGAACCAGUUUGCAGAGCGGGUUGUCCAGCACACAGUAGCUGCAUCAGGCCAGAGAAAUGUCAAUGCAAUGAGGGUUACACCAACAACAGCAGCUUAGACAGUCUCAACACUUGCCAGCCCAUCUGCCCACAGGAUAUUCCUGAGAAUGCUCGUUGCGUACGGCCUGGGGAAUGGGAGUGUGCUUCAGGCUACAUCAAGCUACCUAGAGUCCAAGGUCUGGGAUUCUACUGUGCUCCACACUGUGAAGAAAGCUGCUUUACAUUUGCCACCUGUGUGGCAACCAAUGUCUGCCAAUGCCUUCCAGGAUACAAAACUACCACCAUUGAAUUUGAACCUAAUGAGCCAAGAGACCUGUGUGUGCGCAUUAAGAAAACUACAGAUGAAGAUCAAUUCACGGACAGCUUAAUUGAUGAAACAACUUCUUCAGAUUUAUCUAAUUACCCUGAAAUUUCAUUUCGAACCGGUUGAUUUUACUGUUUCCUAAUCUAUCUAUGAUAUGGGCAGCAUGCUUAAAAUUUUUAACAAAUUCCAGUAUAAUUUAUAAAAUAAACUAACUAAAAUAUACAAGAAA